AGAGGAGGAGGAGAAGCAGGAGGAGGGGGAGGGAGGAGGAGGAGGAGGCCCCGUCGCGGCCUUUGCCGCCGCCAACGGGGCUGUCCCUGUAGCUCCCGAUGGAGUUUGAGGCCGUGAAACCGCCGCCGAGCUCUGCCGCGGCGAGACGAGGCGCCUCCAUCGCCGAGCCGCGCCGUCGCGGGGCUCCCGGGAGCGGCCCUUAGCGACCCCGCCCGGGCCCCCUCAGCUUACAAAACACUACACAGCAAAAUAAUGAUCUGCUAGACUGCUAACCCGAGCAUCCAGCUUCCACAAUGCCUGUGCAGGCAGCUCAGUGGACAGAAUUUCUGUCCUGUCCAAUCUGCUAUAAUGAAUUUGAUGAGAAUGUGCACAAACCCAUCAGUUUAGGUUGUUCACACACUGUUUGCAAGACCUGCUUAAAUAAACUUCACCGCAAAGCUUGUCCUUUUGACCAGACUGCCAUCAACACGGACAUUGAUGUGCUUCCUGUCAACUUUGCACUUCUCCAGUUAGUUGGAGCCCAGGUACCAGAUCAUCAGUCAAUAAAAUUAAGUAGUCUAGGUGAGAAUAAACACUAUGAGGUUGCAAAGAAAUGUGUUGAGGAUUUGGCACUCUACUUAAAACCACUAAGUGGAGGUAAAGGUGUAGCUAGUUUGAACCAGAGUGCACUGAGCCGUCCAAUGCAAAGGAAAUUGGUGACACUUGUAAACUGUCAACUAGUGGAGGAAGAAGGUCGAGUCAGAGCCAUGCGAGCAGCCCGUUCACUUGGAGAAAGAACUGUAACAGAACUGAUAUUACAACACCAGAAUCCUCAGCAGUUAUCUGCCAAUUUGUGGGCUGCUGUCAGGGCUCGAGGAUGCCAGUUUCUAGGGCCAGCUAUGCAAGAAGAGGCUUUGAAGCUCGUGUUGUUGGCAUUAGAAGAUGGUUCUGCUCUCUCACGGAAAGUUCUGGUACUUUUUGUUGUGCAAAGGCUAGAACCAAGAUUUCCUCAGGCAUCAAAAACAAGUAUUGGUCAUGUUGUGCAACUACUGUAUCGAGCUUCGUGCUUUAAGGUUACCAAAAGGGAUGAAGACUCUUCCCUGAUGCAGCUAAAGGAGGAAUUUCGGAGUUAUGAGGCACUACGCAGAGAACAUGAUGCCCAAAUUGUUCAUAUUGCUAUGGAAGCAGGACUCCGUAUUUCACCUGAGCAGUGGUCUUCACUCUUAUAUGGUGACUUGGCUCAUAAAUCACACAUGCAGUCUAUCAUUGAUAAGCUGCAGUCUCCAGAAUCAUUUGCAAAGAGUGUCCAGGAAUUGACAAUUGUUUUGCAACGAACAGGUGACCCAGCUAACUUAAAUAGACUGAGGCCUCAUUUAGAGCUUCUUGCAAACAUAGACCCUAAUCCAGAUGCUGUUUCACCGACUUGGGAGCAGCUAGAGAAUGCAAUGGUAGCUGUUAAAACAGUGGUUCAUGGCCUUGUGGACUUCAUACAAAAUUAUAGUAGAAAAGGCCAUGAGACACCUCAGCCUCAGCCAAACAGCAAAUACAAGACUAGCAUGUGCCGAGAUUUGCGACAGCAAGGGGGGUGUCCACGAGGAACAAAUUGUACCUUUGCCCAUUCUCAGGAAGAGCUUGAAAAGUAUCGAUUAAGGAACAAAAAGAUCAAUGCAACUGUAAGAACAUUUCCUCUUCUAAAUAAAGUUGGUGUAAACAACGCUGUCACAACCACAGCCGGAAAUGUCAUUUCUGUCAUAGGAAGUACUGAAACAACGGGGAAAAUGGUUCCAAGUACAAAUGGAAUUUCAAAUUCAGAAAACAGUGUUUCCCAGCUAAUUCCACGUAGCACUGACAGUACAUUAAGAGCUCUGGAAACUGUGAAGAAAGUGGGGAAAGUUGGCACUAACGGUCAGAAUGCUGGUGGGCCCUCUGCAGAGUCUGUAACUGAAAAUAAAAUUGGUUCUCCACCCAAGACUCCUGUAAGUAACAUAGCUGCUACCUCAGCUGGGCCUUCUAAUGUUGGAACAGAGCUGAAUUCUGUGCCUCCAAAAUCCAGCCCAUUUCUAACUAGAGUACCAGUAUAUCCUCAGCAUUCUGAAAACAUUCAGUAUUUUCAAGAUCCAAGGACUCAGUUACCCUUUGAAAUCCCACAGUACCCACAGACAGGAUACUACCCACCACCUCCAACGGUACCAGCUGGUGUGGCUCCCUGUGUUCCUCGCUUUGUGAGGUCCAAUAAUGUUCCAGAGUCCUCCCUCCCACCUGCUUCCAUGCCAUAUGCUGAUCAUUACAGUACAUUUUCCCCUCGAGAUCGAAUGAAUUCUUCUCCUUAUCAACCUCCUCCUCCGCAGCAGUAUGGACCAGUUCCCCCAGUACCUUCUGGAAUGUAUGCUCCUGUGUACGACAGCAGGCGCAUCUGGCGCCCACCUAUGUAUCAACGAGAUGACAUUAUUAGAAGCAAUUCUUUACCUCCAAUGGAUGUGAUGCACUCAUCUGUCUAUCAGACGUCUUUGCGAGAAAGAUACAACUCAUUAGAUGGAUAUUAUUCAGUGGCUUGUCAGCCACCAAGUGAACCAAGGACAACUGUGCCUUUACCAAGGGAACCUUGUGGUCAUUUGAAGACCAGCUGUGAGGAGCAGAUAAGAAGAAAGCCAGACCAGUGGGCACAGUACCACACUCAGAAAGCACCUGUUUCUUCAACUCUUCCUGUGGCAACACAGUCUCCAACACCACCUUCACCUCUGUUCAGUGUAGACUUCCGCACAGAUUUCUCUGAGAGUGUGAGUGGUACAAAAUUUGAAGAAGAUCAUCUUUCCCAUUAUUCUCCCUGGUCUUGUGGAACCAUAGGCUCCUGCAUAAAUGCCAUCGAUUCAGAGCCCAAAGAUGUAAUCGCUAAUUCAAAUGCUGUGUUAAUGGACCUGGACAGUGGAGAUGUUAAAAGAAGAGUGCAUUUAUUUGAAACUCAAAGAAGAACUAAAGAAGAAGACCCAAUAAUUCCCUUUAGCGAUGGACCCAUCAUCUCAAAAUGGGGUGCAAUUUCCCGAUCUUCUCGUACAGGUUACCAUACUACGGAUCCUGUCCAGGCCACUGCUUCCCAAGGAAGUGCAACUAAGCCGAUCAGUGUAUCAGAUUAUGUCCCUUAUGUCAAUGCUGUUGAUUCAAGGUGGAGUUCGUAUGGCAACGAGGCCACAUCGUCAGCACACUAUAUUGAACGGGACAGAUUCAUUGUUACUGAUCUGUCUGGUCAUAGAAAGCAUUCCAGUACUGGAGACCUUUUGAGCAUUGAGCUUCAGCAGGCCAAGAGUAACUCAUUACUUCUACAGAGGGAGGCAAAUGCUCUAGCCAUGCAACAGAAGUGGAAUUCCCUAGAUGAAGGCCGUCACCUUACCUUAAAUCUUCUAAGUAAGGAAAUUGAACUGAGAAAUGGAGAGAGUGAUUAUACAGAAGAUGCAGCAGAUACUAAGCCUGAUAGAGAUAUUGAGUUAGAGCUUUCAGCACUUGAUACUGAUGAAACUGAUGGACAAAGUGAACAAAUUGAAGAGAUCUUAGACAUACAACUUGGUAUUAGUGCUCAAAACGACCAGUUGCUAAAUGGAACUGCAGUGGAAAAUGGGCAUCCAGCUCAACAGCAUCAAAAAGAGCCAUUAAAGCAAAAGAGACAGAGUUUAGGUGAAGACCAUGUGAAUCUGGAGGAGCAAAAACCAAUUCUGCCGGUAACUUCUUGCUUUAGUCAGUCACUCCCUGUGUCUGUGAGCAAUGCAAGUUGCCUCCCCAUCACCACAUCUGUCAGUGUUGGCAACCUCAUUCUGAAAACUCACGUUAUGUCUGAAGAUAAAAACGACUUUUUAAAACCUGUUGCAAAUGGGAAGAUGGUUAACAGCUGAAAGAAGAUUCAUCUUUCAAAUUUGUGACCACACCAUGGAAGCAUUUACACUAGCUUUUUAUAUAUAUAAUAUAUAUUAUAUAAUGUAUAUUUUUUUUAAAAAAAGUUAUUACUGGGGGCAUCUGUUUCCUGUGGACUCUUUGAUACUUCAAGCCCUCUUGCAUUAGCAUUAUGAAAAAAAAAAGAAAAUUUACUUUACUAGGGUAACAUGUUCACUUUCCAGAAGUUAUUGGAAUUUGGACAACAUUUAACUUAAGCUUCAAGCAGCUUUUUAUGAGUUUGUAGCAAUCCGGUGCAGUAACUGAGCCAUUUCCUAUUUUAAAUGGCUUCUGUAGAAAAAUUAACAACUCAGUUAUUAAACUAGCAGGAUCCUACAAUGAUACAUCUAGUGAAAGUAGACUUAAUUAACUUAUUUAUUUCUAUUUUAUGUUUCACUGAGAGAAAUUUCCAUCUCAUUCCAGCUGCUUUAUUUAUC